AUAUAAAACUAACACACACAUGCACUAACCUGCAACAUUCUCAUCACGUAGUGUGUUAUAUCUUGUAUUCUCAUACGCACAGAAGAUAAAAGACACAGAAUCAAGCAGAUCAAGCUGAAAAUGCUUGAUUGGGACCAUUGGCUGGUGAAAUGGCGAGUGGAGUUUUGGGGGAGGGAGUGGAACUUCGUGGACAUAGGCACUUUCACUAGCCUCGUCUUCUUGCACUUCCUUUCUCUUUUUGCGCCGUUUUACUUCACCUGGACUGCGUUUUGGCUGGCCAUUGCGCUCUACUUUGUCUCAGGUGUCGGUGUAACCCUUUCGUUCCAUAGGAAUCUCUCCCACAGAAGCUUUAAGCUUCCCAGAUGGCUCGAGUACUUCUUUGCCUAUUGUGGGGUUUUAUCACUUCAGAGAAGUCCCCUUGAUUGGGUGAGCGUACACAGAUCCCACCAUCAGUUGACAGACACAGUGAAAGACCCUCAUAGCCCAGUUAGAGGAUUCUGGUUUAGUCAUGUUGGUUGGACAAUCGAUUACCGUGGUCGAAACGGAAAUUAUGAACCACGACUAAAGAAUGUUGGAGAUUUGAAAAGACAACCAUACUAUAUGUUUCUCCAUUAUACAUACCCUCUUCAUUAUAUAGCUCUCGGAGUUCUAUUGUAUUUUCUGGGAGGAAUGCCCUUUCUGGUUUGGGGAAUG